CUGAUUUGGUGGACGACCCCGAAGCUAGGAUGGGGGGGACGUCCGAUGUGCCAAUGCGGUUUCGGAUUGAACCGUCGAGCUCUGUGUGAAGGACCAGAUGUCCCGCAUCUCGGCAUCAUGCUUGGAUCGCUGCCUUCGCAGGGCAUCCAAGUUUGUGAACGAUCCUGGGUCUGUGGUGCAAAGAACCAUUGACCACGUCGCUGAGGCGUUCAUUGCUUCCAUUCAUUCGGACGUUGUAAUGAAGGCCGAACUAGACAGGAGAGAAAUCUUAGCCGCUAGGGAGAAGGAGAAUUCCUCUGCUGCCCUGGAAGCUGCCACCACAAUGAAGGGUGAGCUACUGAAGGCUCGCUCCGAAGUGGAGAUUCUGAAGGCCGAGGUGGAGGCCAAGGUGCUGCUGCUAAAGAAAGAAGAAGAAAAGCACAAGGCCCACCUCCGAGCUGCUCACGCCAUCACCAAGAGGCUGGAGAAGGAAAAGUUCCAGCUCCUUAAGGAGAAGGACGACCUGGCUCAGGUCCUUGAGGAUAAGGACACUUCGAUUUGGCGUCUUACUACCGAGCUCAAGGAGGUGAAGGAACGCCUCACCAACGGAGCUCUCUUGGAGGAAGCGUUCAGGUAGCACCCAGACUUUGAUGGGUUUGCCAAGGACUUCAGUGAUGCGGGCUUCAAGUUCUUGAUGAAGGGCAUCACUGCCGAUAUGCCUCAUCUUCAGAUCGAUCUUAGCGAUCUGAAGAAGAAAUAUGCUGAAAAAUGGGCCUCUGGGCCUAACAGUACUCCAGGCCCCCAGUCCCUGGUGGAGAAGUACGUCAGGGAGCUGGACUCUGAGGAACGAGCUUCUCUUUCUGUUGAGAUGAUCGCGGAGAUCGCCCCUCUGACGAGUGUACUCCUCAUCUUCAUCUCAUCCAGGGUGUUCUUCAUCGACUGGGUCGAGGUGAAGACCUCCUUGUUCAAGCACCUCGUCGCACACCGCUCGGUCUUCAGAUCGAGACCCGGCACCCGCA